UGAAACUGUAUAGUCAUGCAGGUUGUAUCGGUGGUAGCGUUCGUUACUUUGUUGCUGUGGGGCGAGGUGCUCUCAGACACCACAGUCACCAUCUACAACGAGUGGCUGUCCCAAGGUGGACGUGUUCACUAUGAGGUGGACAGAUGGAAUAAACACAACGGUUUCGACAGGUCCAAUUUUGUCUCAAAGUGUAAAGCUAUUGGAACCAUGGCAGGACGAUGGAUCAACAGAGAUUUAAAUGCAGGCCUCUUUGAGAAUUGGCACCAGAACCCAUCUCACCAUGGUUACCCAGAUCCUCACUACCUACAAGACCAUGCUUUACAGACGAAGAUGUUCAACUUCUACAUGGACCAGAUCCAUGCUUACGGAAACGACGUAAAGAAUAUGGUGUGGGAAAUUAAAGGUCUCAGCUGGCCAAGCUGGAUUGACAAGUCCCAGCACGGAGGAAAGUUCCCCAAUAACGUAGAUGCGGCGGCAGAGUUUGUGUCCUUGAUGGUUCAGGGUGCCAAGGAUUACACUGGAGGUCAUCUGCCUGCUUUCUUUGAAGUCAUGAACGAACCCGACGCUUCUUAUAAGAUCCUCGACUCAACGGAUGUGAUAAACUUUCACAAAUCUGUGGCACAAAAGCUAAAAUCAAGAUUUGGGAUCAAAGUUGGAGGCCCAACAUACACUGGCUAUACGAUCAGAGCAGAUGCAAAUAAUUUCAGCGUGUGGAAGAGAAUGGCACAGUUUAUGGACAUGUCUCUGGAUCACAUGGAUUUCUUUUCCUUCCAUGCUUACAACGAUCUUCAUGUAUCCGGUGGAAAGCAUUCGUUUUCUGGCAUCAACGAAGCACGUCUGGUUGGAGUCAUUGACUUGAUAGAAAACUACUCUCAUAUAAAGAAAGGAAGAAAUGUUCCUAUCAUCGUCAGCGAGUUUGGAAGAGGUGGAGUUCAUGGUAUCAGCCAGGAUGCUCAUUCUGGCAUUGUUGAUUUUGCCACUCUUUACUUGUCAAUUGGACAGAUGUUUACUUAUCUCAGCAUGAGGGAGUAUAUGGAGAGAGCCAUCGUCUUCUUAUUGGCCUGUCAGCAAUAUCCAGGACACACUAGCCUCAACUGGUCUCUUUUCACUCCUGAUGGACACGAUACACAAAUUGCAAAUUUCUACAAAUUCUGGCACAAUUUGUACUAUGACCAAAAGUUCCUCAAAACCUCGAGUGACUUCUCAGGAUGGGAGAGACAAGUAGCACCUCUAGUUCUUGCGAAUCCAAAUAACAAAGAGAUAAUGGUUCUUCUUCACAACUAUGGUACGCAAUGGCAGAAUGUGAAGCUGGACUUCCACAAUGGCUGGAUUAACCCAACUAGUGGUGAAUCCACGUGUCUUCAGUACCAGAACGGCAACCCAGCAAUGCAUUCCAAUGUCCACUUUGAUACCAACAAGAACCAUGGACAUGUUGGUCUCCCAGGAGAGUCAAGCUGCAUCUACAAAUUUAAGACCAACUACAACUUCGGAGGCCUGAAGACAAAUAAUGAGAAUUCUUACUUUGGAAAGAACAUGGUCAUCCCAAUAAAUAACGGUCAUGCUUCAACCUCGGUUCAGGUCCACGGAUCUGGCUUCCACACUGCACGUAUGAGAAUUGGGGUAAGCAGAGACAAGAGCGCUAAUGCGAAACCUCUGAGCGUUACGGUAAAUGGACAUAAACUACCAUCAACAUAUAUGCUGUAUGAUACCGACAAGAACAACGCCCCUACCAAAUGGGAAGUGUGGGAAUACUGGGUGCCUGCAGAUAAGGUUCACUCUUCAAACACAGUCGAUAUGAGCUUUGAAGGGAAUGGCGGUCAUGUCAGCUCUGUUGCACUGAUUGUGGGGAAUCUGCAUUAAAGAAAUAUUCAUUAUUA